AUGAGAGUGAAUUUUGGUGCUUACAUUGCUCAAAUAAUUUUAUUAGCUGGAUUUUACUGGAUUGAAGCUGAUACAUCUGAUAUUAGUGGUGCUCCAGAUAUUUCAAGAUGGACUUUUUGGGGGUUAUCAUCAAAAGAUGGUAAAUCUAACAAAAGAGAACAAUUAGCUCCAGCUUACCCAUUCUCACCAGUUGAUAACUUUGAUACUACUGAAAAUGUUCCAAAAGAUUUCCAAUCAAAUGAAAAAGUUUACUACUACUUGUCAAGAUUCUCAUUCGCUUUCUUCUGGAUUGCUUUAGCUUUUGUUGGUGUUUCUUUAUUAAUCUCAAUCUUUUCAGUCUUUUCCUAUUCAGUCAUUAAAGUUAACUCAUGGUUAACCACUUUAGCUUUAUUAUUUGAUGCCGGUGCUGUUGCUUUCAUUACUGCUGUCGCUGUUUUAGGUAGAUCAGCUUUCAAAAGUGACAACAAAUACGUUCAUUUAGGUCCAGCUUUAUUAGGUAUUGCAUGGGCUUCAGUUGCAAUUUUAAUUAUUUUAUUCUUCUUAACUUGGGGUGAAUUAAUCGCUGCUUCUUACAAAAAACAUAGAACUAGAGUUCAAAAUGAAAAAGCUGAAGAAAACAACGCUUAUGUCCCACCAGCUCAAAAUGAUCAAAUUCCAGCACCACCAGCUCAACAAACUCAAUAUGCUAAUGAAGACCCAUAUGCUACUCAAAAACAAGAAAACUUGAACAACACUGAUAGUGGUAUUAAAUUCUUCAAAAUUAGACGUCAUAACAAAGAAGAUGGUGAAUCUGUUUAA